GGCAGAGCUCGCGCGGAUCUACAGUGCAACAUCACGGCGACAGGCAGAAGCGUGUCCUCGAGCUAACGUGGAAUUUAAACUGCGCAACGUGCCAGCGUGCUCCGCGCUCGAGACCCGCCGCUGCUGCCAGGAAAUCACACCGUCAUGUCUGAGGCGCCUGAUCGGACCUGCACGCAGGACGCGGAUUUCUUCUUUUCACUACUUCUUUUCUGCAGUUCCUUAGUGCCGGGUGCACAACGACGACGACGACGAUGAUGAUGAUGAUAAUAAACAAUGUUGGGCCUUUUUGGAAUAGACUCGAAUCCUAGUUGCCGUGUCACUGAUGUUUGUGCAUGGCCACGUUCACAUCACUGAUCACAGCUGCUUCGUGAUAGAAGUGUAUGCGCGCGCGCGCGCGCGUGUGUGUGUGUGAGAGAGUUUAGGUGAAUAGCAGCAGUGGACGGGAGAUCAAGCGCAGGUUAUUUGCAUUGGGAAUUAGGACUAAGGAGGGUUUGUGCUGCGUGUCACUCGGCGCGGGAGAAGAAACUGCGCAGUUGCAUUUUCGCUCUAUGGAGGAUGAGUGUGGAUUUUUCCCUCUCUCUCUUUUAACAAUGAGAAGCAAGCCGCCUCCCAGCUCGAAGCCACUCACAUUAUUACCAGUUGAGGGGGGGGCAGCGUGGCUAAAAUAUGCUUGGCCCACAUGAGGAUCAUUCCGGAUGAAAGCCUUUCUGAGACACCGGGCGUAUCGACAGAGUGGUCGGUCAGGCAGUCGGUAAACGUGAUGGAAAGCUGCGUCUGGAGGAAACGUCAGCAUGGAAAGUGCUCAGGAUGGAGUUACACAGGGCCAGGAAGGAGCCACUCCCAUACAGGAAGAAGACAUCAGAUCACUGGUAGUUCUCCGAACAGCUUGUGAGUGUUGGUGUGUGGCCCUCUCUCUGCUGCUGUGGAGGGCUUCACGCACACAGCUAGUGUGGCUGGAUGCAUCACACCGCGGAAAAAUUUGGUGUGCGCAGCUCACGGGACCCCUUACCUCUGGAUGGAAUCAACCGGGGACCAUGGGCUCCCAUGGCUGGUCAUGCCUGGCCUCCUCCCUCCAGGUGCUCACCUGGUGGUCAACCUCCGUUCCUCCCUCACCUCCCACCCAGUCACAUGAUGGGGCUAAAUCAUGCAAGUAAAUUUUACAACAGUGGGCCACUGGGACGUGGAGGAGAAAAGCUGGACCUACCUCAGGCCUUGUUGCCAGGGGUAAACAGGGAUCUCCGGAUGCCCCCAGCCCCUCCCCGACCAUGGGAUCCAAUUGGUCAGCAUUAUGAGCCAUUGUCCAGUGAGGAACAUGCCCAUUUGCACAACGGAUACAACUCUGGACCAUCUGCACAUCUCGCAGCCCGAGCCAAUCAGCUGUUAAAGUUUGCCCCCCCUCCAUUGCAACAUGGAUCCAGGCCCAUGCCUCCAAUCCCAGACUUGUGGGAACAGUCUCAACAGCAGAGGCAACCACCACCCCCACCUAGGGGACCUUACUCGCAUUCUGGCCAGUUGAAGCGGCAAGCUCCCCCUCUGGCAGAGCAGUCGGUCAUCCAGCAUACCCCUCUUUCCCUAAACAGGCCUAAUGAGGACCGUCCCAGCCCAAGCAAGAAAAAGAGGAGUUCUGACUCCGAACAGCAAUUGAUGGGCCCCCAUCAGUACUCAGGGUCAGUGGCACCUUCACUGCCCUUGCUGCAGCAGUCUCUGUUCCAAUAUACCCCUCUGCCAAAACGGGCGGCAACUUGGAACCCAUUAGAACGCAAAAUGGGCCGCAGUGAGUUUAAGGACUUGCCCAAACAAGACAUGGGUGACUGCAGUUAUAAGCAGUUCCCGUCCCCCAAACCGCCAUCCAUUUCUUCACCUCCCAUCACUUCUGUGAGGGGCUAUGAACAAGGUCCUCCACCUCAUCCCCAUAAGCCUUCUCAUUCACCACAAUCUCUGGGCUCCUCGUCUCACAAUGUCCACAUCAACCAAACUACAUUCCCCUUUCCUAACAACAAACCUUCUGGUCAGAACCUGAGAGAGCACCAGGUCAUUCCCACCCACAAAGUGCAUCCAUCUGGGUUGAGGUCUCCUGGCAGCCAGGCACCCCUGCAACAGCUUUCAUCGUCCCUGACUGAUCGAGAUUGCCCUAUCCCCACACCAGCACACCCCACCGCCGUGCCUUACAGCCACCCCAAAUUCCAGCCCCAUCCAGGGCUGGUUCCCACCACCAGCCCCUGUUCCAACAGUGGGACACAAGCUGCAGCGGCUCAAUGCAACCCUCAUAAGCCCUGGAGGAACCAGAUCAAACAUGAUAACCAGGCCACAGAACUGGAUCCUUAUCGCCAUACAGUGGACGCUCAGGUUUCCUCUUCAUCUCUGCAGCAACAGCAGAGUAGAUCUGGGCAAAAUCAGGAUAAGUGCACCUCUAAUGCUCGGGCACCAGUUAUCACCUCCACAGUGCCAUCCGUGGAGUCUUCAGGUCCUCCUUGUUCUGUGGGAGUCUAUAGUAGUGUGGACACAAUGAGCUCAGUGCUCUCUACUAACGUUUCGGUGGCCAGCACCGUUAAAAGCUGGAAGACUGCACAUGCGUCAGCGCUAGUCUCAAGCCCUAAUCUGAUUCCAUCUGCACAAGGUCUCCAACCCCAGGAGUAUCAGAGAGACCAAUCUGGCAUCGUAAGCCAUCCAAACCACCAACCGACCGCAAAAAUUCAGCAUCAGGAACCCCAUCUACCCCAACAGAGGCAGGACAAACCCCAUUACAGCCCAAACGUGUCCUCAGCUCCUUCCUCUCUUAGCUCAGGGUUUCAGAGUUCAGGAAAUACUGUCAUCACCAGCAAGGCCACUGAUAACCUCUUGCAGGCUACACGUUCACCCCUUCAUCAUGUACAGCCUGCCUCAUCCAUCACUGUGAACACAGCCCAACAACAGUCUGACUCUUUGCAUCGUGAACUGCCUCACCAGGCAGCCCCAGUCUUAUCUCAGGUGCCACCUGCCCAGUCAUAUCAAAGGCCAUGUCUUCAACCCACCAUCUCUAGCCCCCAGUCUAUUGAGGAAGCACUCAAAAAGCUUGAUGCUGAGCUUCAGGACCAUAUGCGAGCUGAAGAGAAAAGGAAGGAGCAGGAGCAAAAGGAGAGAAAACACAACAAAGUAAGAAACAAAAGAGGAAAUGAGGCAACUGAGAAUCUGGAGAGCUUGCUGUCAAAUAGUGCUACUGAUCCACCCCCUCCAUGCCUGUCUCCAGCCAUUACACCUUCCACUAUUUCACCACCAACCCAGACAUCCCCACCUUUUCCCUGGCUGAGCAGGGGAGGUACACGUCCACUGGCACCAGGUGCAAAUCCCAUAGAAAGGUCUCGCCCACCUCCUCUCACACCUCAAACAGACUAUGCCCGUGAAAAACAGAGGCAGAGAGAGCAAUGGAAUUCCUCGAUCACUCCUACAUCCCAGAAUACCUCAGGGAUUUCCACAUCUAUAUAUUCAUCCAAACCAACAGAUUCUUUAAAUAAAACGAUACAGACAUCCUCCUGUUCAUCCAAUGUCUCUACCAUGUUAAAGAGCUCUCAGAACAUCCAGGCUGUGGGUUCAGUAUCAAACCCUCCAAACCUGCGAGAACCCCCCAAACUCUAUCAGGCCUUUCCCAGGGACACUCUACCAUCCUCCUCACCAAAAGCCACGAGUCUAUCUAGUCUCCAAAAGCAGACAAGUGGUGGGCUGGGUAGUUUAGGCAGCAGUACCAGUAGCUCCAGCGGGGAUUCAGAUAGUGCCCAGUUUGAGGAGGAACCAUCCGAGCUUUUACCUGAUGGUUUGGCAAACAUUAUGAAGAUGUUGGAUGAGUCCAUUAAAAAGGAGGAGGAACUAUAUUCUGGCCCCAGUGGUGGUGGACAGCCCGACUCGGAGCUUCCAUUUUCUCUCACGGUGGCGCCUGUAAAGAGUUAUUCGUUUGCCCCUGACCUCAUGCCUGCCUUGAAACAGCCAUCCUCAGAGGAGUACUCAACUGACACCCAUGCUAGUCCACCCGUCCUGAGUCGUCAGGGAUCUUUGGCAUCCCCUUGCAGCCGUACUUCUUCUCUUGAAGAAGAGGAGGACACACUAAAAAUCCUUCAAAAAUCGGACAGUACUGUAAGUUCUCAAUCUCAAGAUGGUGGUGUUGGCAUCACAGGAAGUAGUUAUCGCCAUAGUGAUUUGGCCAAGCUCUAUGGACUGUCAGAGAGAGUGAAAAGUGAGUCUGAGGAAGAGGAAGAAGCAGAACAGGAAGAUGAAACAACUUCCUGUUCUCCACCACCCAUGAGGCCUCACCUGCAUCAGACUGGUGUGAACAUCAUGUUUAAAAACUUAGCCUCUAUGCUAGACACCCAAAAGUAUACCUACCGAGGAGGACCAUUUGGUCGACCACCUCCCUCAGCUGUGUUAGGAGUGAAGUACUCCUCAUCACUUUCACUGGGCCCAGAUAUCUGCAGACAGCAGAGCACUUCUCCCACAUCAGGCUCAACCAAUCACCCAGGCUUUCCAACUCAACCCUUAAAGAAUUCUACCUCUAAACAAACCCAUCCACUCUCACCUUCAGGAUCGACACCUGAAAGAAAAGGAGAUGCUACAGUCUCCCAGUCAGAUCUUUCUGGCUGUGAGGAGGAAGAAGGAGUGAGAAAGGGGCUGAUGGAUGAAGAGGAUUAUAGCAUUGUAAAGGAUUCUACAGAGAACAAAAGGAAGCCCAAGCUCACUACAAUCUCAGAAUCAUCACUAGCAGAGCUGGGUCGUAGUUGUGAGGUGGUAAUAAACAGACACAACCUUCCUUUAGUGACGACAUCAGACCACAAUAAGAACCAGAUGCUGCCCUUAACUGAGAAGGACAGGAAGCGGGAGCGGCAUUGUAACCAGGAAAAGAAACACAAACGCAGUAGCAAAAAACAUGAGGAAAGGAAAGAGAAAAAGAAAAAACACAGAGAAAGACACGAAAAUACGUCCCUAUCAUCAUCAUCAUCAUCGUCCUCUUCCUCCUCGUCAUGCUCAAGCCGAAGGCACAAGGAAGGCAAAUCACACAAGGAGAAAAGGGGCCACGUAGACAGUCAGCAAAAGGAGCUGUGGGAGAAAGACAGAGAAGGAGAGAAAAAGAAAAGGAAAGAGGAAGGAGGAGAGAAAGAGGAAUGGGUAUGCCGGAACAAAGAGAAGGGUUCAAAGUCAGGAAGUUCUUCAGUAGAUAAUGCGUCUUCUUCACCUGCAUUGGGUUCUGCAGACUUCCAGAAGUUGAAGGCUCUGACAGAUGGCCCACCCAAAGAGCUCAAGAUUCGGCUGAUUAAAGUGGAAAGUGGAGACCGAGAAACCUUCAUUGCCUCUGAAGUUGAAGAGAAGAGAAUUCCACUUGAGGAGAUCACCAUUAAAAACACAGCCAGUGAAAUCAUCAGAUCAUGCAGGGCUGCCCGUAUUAAGAGGAAAUUUAAGGAGUCCUAUCUACAUCCAACGUUGUCUGUGAAACCUGUUCUGUCCAUGGAGCACCCGAUCCCACGGGAAAAGCUUAACCCUCCCACACCCAGUAUCUAUCUGGAAAGCAAGAGGGAUGCCUUCUCUCCUGUGCUGCUUCAGUUUUGCACAGACCCCAAGAACCCCAUCACCGUCAUCAGAGGACUAGCAGGCUCUCUAAGACUGAAUUUGGGUCUCUUCUCCACAAAGUCACUGGUCGAGGCAAAUGCAGAACAUGCUGUGGAGGUCCGAACCCAGGUACAGCAGCCAGCUGAUGAGAACUGGGAUCCCAGUGGUACUGGUCAAAUCUGGCCAUGCGAGAGCAGCCGAUCCCACACCACAAUAGCCAAGUAUGCGCAGUACCAGGCCUCCAGCUUCCAAGAAAGCCUACAGGAGGAGAAAGGUAGUGAUAAUGAAGACUAUGAUGAUGAUGGGAAGAAACUGGACAUCAACUCAGAGAACACAGGAAGUAACUCCGCAAGCUCCAGCUCAGAGCAGAAACCUGUGGGGAAAAUAAUCAAAUUUGGUACCAACAUUGACCUUUCUGAUCCCAAGAGGUGGAAGGCCCAGUUACAAGAGCUGCAGAAGCUGCCAGCAUUCAUGCGUGUGUCCUCCAGUAGCAAUAUGCUCAGUCAUGUAGGCCACACCAUCCUAGGCAUGAACUCUGUACAGCUUUACAUGAAGGUCCCUGGUAGUCGCACACCAGGUCACCAAGAGAAUAAUAAUUUCUGCUCUGUAAACAUCAACAUCGGUCCUGGAGACUGUGAGUGGUUUGCUGUUCAUGACAAUUACUGGGGAGCCAUCAGCGAAAUCUGCGAUAAGCACGGAGUGGAUUAUUUAACUGGCUCGUGGUGGCCGGUGUUGGAGGAUCUCUAUAACGCCAAUAUUCCAGUCUACCGCUUCAUCCAGAGGCCUGGGGACUUGGUGUGGAUCAACGCAGGCGCUGUGCACUGGGUCCAGGCUGUGGGUUGGUGCAAUAACAUUGCAUGGAAUGUGGGUCCACUGAAUGGGUACCAGUACCAGUUGGCUCUGGAAAGGUUUGAAUGGAAUGAGGUGAAGAAGGUGAAGUCCAUCGUGCCCAUGAUUCACGUUUCUUGGAAUGUGGCCCGCACAGUUAAAAUUACAGACCCUGACACUUACAAGAUGAUAAGACACUGUCUCCUGCAGUCUCUAAAGCACAUUCAAAUUCUGAGAGACCAGCUGGUAGCUGCAGGGAAGAAAAUCUCUUACCAGAGCAGAGUAAAGGAUGAACCAGCGUACUAUUGCAACGAGUGUGAUGUGGAGGUUUUUAACCUGCUGUUUGUGACGAGUGAGAGUGGCAGUAAGAAGUUGUACGUGGUGCACUGUGAGGACUGUGCCAGGCAACGCAGCCCUAAUCUCUCCAAUGUAGUGGUGCUGGAACAAUACCGUAUCGAAGACCUGAUGAAUACCUACGACACCUUCAGCUUGGCCUCCAGCUCUCGGUGAACUCAACUCUGCCAUCCAUCCCAGCCAUAACCAAAAGUCUUGCUUACUAGGACAAUUAGUUUCUAUGUUUUAGUAAGAUCUUUAGUGUUUUAGUUCCUGCAUUUUAAAAUUUUUAAGUACUACUGCUAAUUCUUGUCGAACAGCCAAUCAGAAAUCAGUUUACAUCACAAUGUUUACAAAGCCAAUAAGACAGCAGGCCGACAUACCAACUUCUGACUGGUCUUACAGGUCUUCAAAGAGGAACACAGUUUCUGCGGUCAUGUAAUUAAUGACAAAAAUGGCAUCUCGGAUUUUCUGUACUUUGUUUGCUUUUUUUUAUUACUUUUUGGGUUCUCUUUCGGUCUUGAAUACUGAAAUUGUGUAAAUGCUGUUUAUAUUUUUCAUGGGUGCUGCUUUUUUUUUUUCUAUUAAUUUAUUUUGAAAUCUAGAACAGCCUAGAUGUAUACCACAUUGGCCUUGUGACUUGUAUUUAGUGAAGAUAUAAAUGAAUAAUACUAAUAAUAGAUAUAUGAACAUUUUUCUAAAGCAUUAAGAAUACGAAAAAAUUAACUUUGUUUGGAAUGGUUCAAAACAUACGGGUUUUUAAAAAAAACUUUUUUCUUUUUUUUUUUUUUCAAUUUUAGAUACUGUCUGAGAAGCUUGUGUAGUUAGUAUCAUGAUUUUAUUUCCUUAAAAUAAAAUCCAUUGUUACGAGAGCAUUUUAAGAUUACAUCAGGUGUUUUGUUUUUCUUUAUAUAAAUAUAUAUAUAUUUUUUGCGAGAUUACAAUUCUUAAUUGGUUUUAGCGACUUGUUUUUACCUCUGUUUGCUUAAUAUAGAUUUAUUCAUGUGAUUUUUUUUUUUUCAAUUGUACAUUUUAUUUAACUUCUUUCUUCUAUUUAUUGACUAUAUAAGUUUUCCUUGUUUAGAGUCAUCAGAGAUGUGUUGUUUUCCAUGAUGUGUUGAGUUUUGGAAGAAGAGUUUCAGAGGUGCUUGGUCAAUAAAAGGAGUAACGUCUUUUGGCCUUUAAACUGUUCUCAUGUGGGGGUAACAGGUAACCCCAUGAGGAGAGACGGGGGGGUCUCCCGGGUCUCCCCUCUCCUGUAGAGUGUAGACAGCAGAGCUGUUGUCAUUUCUCUAACUAAAAGCUGUCUAUUGUAAAUGGGAAGCAAAAGGCUACUUUUUUAAACCAACAUUAGCCGCAAAAUUUGACGUAAAUGCGAAUAAAUUCAGAACUGUUUCUAAGUAUCUACAUAUUUCGUGGUGCUGAAGUUUUUUCUUCUUUUUUUAACGUUUUAUAUGAGAGAACACAGUUGCUAUGCCAACCAGGAAGCGGAAUCUCUGCUUAGAUUAAAUCUGACUGCAGUUAUCAUAAACCAAAUAUUGAGGGUUUUUAAGCAUUUUUGUUUGUUUGAGGGGGAAAAAAUAAAAAUUACAUAAAACUGUAAAUACUGUGGCAUUUUACUGGAAUGAAGUUACGUGUGAAUCAAAGGAUUCAUUUGACUGAAACUGUAAUUUCUUUUUAAUUUUGUCUUAAGCUUGAAUCAACGAGUUCACGUAUAAUGAAAUUGUUUGGUUACGAUUAUGAUUCAGAAGGUGCUGUUCUCUUUAAACUACUCUGUCUUUCAGUUUUGUUUCUAAAGAAAAAAAUCUAUUUUUCCUGUUGCAAUAUAUCUUCUUUUUGUGGUCAUUUAUUUAAAAUUCUGCACUGUUUGAGAGUUCACACAGAAAGCAUACUGAGCCAGACACGUCUUAAACACUUCAUGUAUUUGUGUGACAUUACUAUGAUUAUUAAUAUUAAAUGCUUUUGAUAUAC